AUGACCCUACUCAUCGCCGAAGCAUCGCUCAUCUCCCCUACCCAUGGCGGGGUUCCCAAUGCAGCUGGAGUGUGGAAUGAUGCACAGGUCGAAGGCUGGAAAAGCGUGAUCGAUGCAGUCCAUGCACGUGGAAGCUACAUUGUUUGCCAAUCGCUUGCCCCAGGUCGCGCUGCAGAUGCGACUACUUUGCAUAGGGAAGGGUGCUACGAUGUUUUGUCAUCUAGUCCGAUCCCAAUGACGGACGCCGCUCCGGUUCCCACGGCAAUGUCAGAGGAUCAAAUUCAAGGCGCUAUUAAAGACUACGCCACUGCAGCCAAGAACGCCAUUCGCGCGGGUUUUGAUGGUGUUGAAGCCCAUGGCGCCAAUGGAUACUUGGUCGAUCAAUUCCUUCAGGAUACCUGCAAUGCGCGAACAGACCGAUGGGGCGAUAGCAUUCAAAACCGGGCACUAUUUGGAAUCGAAGUUGCAACAGCUAUUGCGAAAGCUAUCGGGGCGGAUAAACUCGGAUACAGAAUCAGCCCUUGGAGCAGCUUCCAAGGUAUGAGAAUGGCGGAUCCAGUCCCUCAAUUCUCUUACUUAAUUGAGGAGCUGAAGGGUCUCAAGCUUGGAUAUCUCCAUGUUAUUGAAUCUCGAGUCAAUAAUAACGUGGAUGUUGAAAAGACCGAGGGUAUCGAGUUUGCAUUGGAUAUCUGGGGUCAGACAUUACCCGUUCUGGUCGCUGGUGGGUUUGAUGCGCAUUCUGCAACCCUAAUGUUAGCCCCUUUCUUCUAA